AUUCCAUCUCUCUCGCACACCGAUUCCUCCACUCGAUACAAAUUCAAUUUUGUUUCAUCGUUACUCGAUCUUUCGAUUCUAUUUAGGGUUUCAUAUUUCAAUUUGAUGAUGAUGCGUAGUUAUAUGUUGAGAUCCCCAUUCGUCAAUUGAUGGAAACAAACACCUAGGGUUUCCAUAACCCCUUCUUUUUUCCUAUUGAAACUUGAAGUUAUGGCAGAUACCUCAAGGUCGCAAGUCACAAUCACCUUAGGUCGCAGUGGACAGGUGGUGAAAAGAGCAGGAGCUGUAUUGGACAGCGAGCUUUCUGGUCCAGUUCCAGCUGUUGGGAGUAAACGAUCAGUUAGAGAUAGACUAGGAAGUAGUGUGGAUGCAGUGCAGCUUGAUAAUAAACGGCUGCGUGCUGAUAAUGGUGGAUGGAGUUUGAAGGCCAGUAAUUGCAUGGAUGAUUUUCAUCUUAGUAAAGAUGAUCUCAGAUUUAAAAUCAUGAAGCGAACACAAAGCAAUGGCCAGCAGAACACUGUGGACCUUCGUGAUAUGCUAUCACGGCGAACCCGUCCUUCAACCACUAACCCUGUAACCUCCCAUAGCAUGCAUGAGCCCAGACAUGGAAGACAGAGGGCACCUGAGAUCUCACAUGAGACGAGGGAUGAUAGAAGGCGUAUGACUGAACCAAGAAAUGAGAGGCAGUUCGUCCUCGAGCCAAGGGAUGAGAGACGGCAUAUGCUCGAGCCAAGGGACGAGAGACAACGCAUGCCUCAGCCGAGAGAUGAUAGACGUCGUGUGCCUGAAUCUAGGGAUGAUAGACAGAGGAUGGCUGAACCAAGGGACAGUAGACAAUGCAUGCCUGAGCCACUUGAGGUCAGACAGCGUAUACCCAAGCUGAAUGAUGUCAGACAACGCAUUCCAGAGCCAACCAAUACCAGCAUGACAGGGCAAUUCACUUCCAUGAGAACUUCAGAAGUUCCGUCACAGAUGAACUUGUUAAGAAAUUCUUACUCUCCAUGGACUUUGGAUCACAUUAGGCGUAAAUCACCAGAUAGAGUUUUGAACAAUUCAAGGGGUUCAUCACCACCCCGAAGGGCUGAAGAACCACAGAGAAGGGCGAUGAUGAGGGCAUAUGACGAUCCUAGAACAUUGACAUAUGCCAACCGGGAUGUUAGUGAGAUUUCAAGACCCAUGACAACCACAUCGUUUCUGUCAAAACCAUCUCUCUCUGCUGGGCCAACGAAACCCGUUGGGCCCUUGGUAGCCCCUCCGCUACCACCUGGUGGCAUUUUGCAAAGAAGUCAAUAUCCAGUAGAAGAACAUCUUACUGUAGAGGGAUUUUUGCGCUCAUUGGGAUUGGAUAAGUAUGUGCUCUCUUUCAAGGUUGAGGAGGUCGAUAUGGCUGCAUUGAGCCAGAUGGGAGACCAUGAUCUCAAAGAGUUGGGAAUACCAAUGGGACCUAGGAAAAAAAUUCUUCUUGGUCUGGUUGCACGCGCGAGGAGGCUAGCACGAGGAUAACAGAUGUCGACUUUCGACUUCCUGUGUUGUCAAUUUACAUUUUGCGAGUGAAAAUGUUGUCAAUUUCACACCAAUGGAUUUGUAUGUUCUUUUAGCAGGAAGUUAAUUUGUGGUGCUGCAUCACAUGUUGUACUUCCAGGGUUGUACAUUUCUUUAAAGAAAUGAAUGAAUGUUGGGUUCAUUUUAGCUU